AUAAUAAAUAAUUUGUGUUUAAUCAAUAAAUUUAAAGCACUUUUGAGCAACAAUAAAUUUUAACUAAUUUUUUAAUAAUAUUUUUAAAUAUUUUUUUCUCAAAAGCAUUUUCCCAAAAAGUAAUUUUAGAUUAAAAAAAAUAUUUUUUAAAAUUUUUGAAAAAGAACUUCAGCCACUCUUCAAAAAUACUUAUUUUUUCUUAAAGAUUUGGUCAAAUAUUUUAUUUGAAAAAAAUAAACUUGGCUAAAUCAACUAUAAGUGAUAAUUUUUAUCUUUCUAGAGUUAAUUUCAUUAAUUUUUGAAGUAAAACUAAUCAAAUUAAUUUUGAUACUUAUAUAUUUUAUAUCUAAAAGUUAUAUAAAAAAAUAUUAGUAAUUGUAAUUAUUGUCACGUCAAUAUGUGGAUUUUUAAAAUUUUAUUUUUUUAUAUAUUCUGAAUUUUAAUAAGCGAAAAGUGUCACGCAAUGAAAACAUUGUUGGGAGGUAGUACCAAUAUCUGUAAGAGAUUCGCGAAAUAAAUGUAGAAAAAAAAAAAACUAUUAGCAGUGACAGCGAAUAAGUACAUCGUGACAGCGAUCUCUGCUCCGUCAUUUCGCCGGCGAUUUAUAAAUACACCAAUUCACCGAACUCCGGUCAAUUCGAAUACCUAAAUCCCCCCAAAUGGAGUCUCUAUUCCGAUCAGUUACCGGCGCAAACCCUAACCCUUCAGAUUACGGAGAAAUCGAAUUCUGGUCAAACCCUGAACGUACCGGAUGGCUAACAAAGCAAGGAGAGUACAUCAAAACCUGGCGCCGUCGGUGGUUUAUUCUCAAACAAGGUAAGCUUCUCUGGUUUAAAGACCCUUCGUGCGUUUCACGCGCCGCCGUGCCACGUGGCGUUGUCUCCGUUGCCGAAUGUCUUACUGUUAAAGGAGCUGAAGAUGUCAUCAAUAAGCCGUUCGCUUUCGAGCUGUCUACGAGUCGUGAUACGAUGUAUUUCAUUGCGGAUACGGAGAAGGAGAAAGAGGAGUGGAUUAAUUCAAUUGGCAGAUCGAUUGUUCAGCAUUCGCGGUCUGUUACUGAUUCUGAAGUUGUUGAUUAUUGAUAGCUGGAAUUAUUUAGUUAUAUGUGUGGAGGUGCAUGUUUCUAUAACUGUUUGAAACUCUUAUUAUGUGUUUCUCUUUUUUUCCAUGUUUGUAUUUUGCAGACUCUGUUAGUAACUGCUGGCUCGUAUGAUACUCUCAUUUGGUCCUGUGAGUUAAUAUGUUUAAUGAAAAAGUUUGACUUUUCA